AUGCAGCCGACAAGGUGUCUGCUGAAGCGAUCAGUGUGGAAAGGACCGCACAUUGUCCCUCUACCCAUCGUUCGACCCGAGCCGGGCAAGAAACUCGUUCCUAUUAGAACGCAAGCCCGCGCCGCCACCAUUCUGCCGAGCUUCGUAGGACUCAAGUUCCAGGUGUACAAUGGCAAGGUCUACCACGACGUGACAAUUACCGAGGACAUGGUCGGACACAAGCUUGGAGAGUUCUCGCCGACGAGAAAACCUUUCAUCUGGAACAAGAAAUAG